AUGAAUGAAAAGAUGACGGACAAGGACCUGGCUAGAAUCUUUGAGAAUGCUUUCCCCAAUACAUUGGAUACUACGGUCAAAUGGCACGUCGACGGUACAGACAAGUCGACCUAUAAGAGCAGCAAUGGCGCAUGGGAAGGACCCCAGAGUUUCAUCGUCACUGGCGAUAUCAAUGCAGAGUGGCUCCGAGAUUCCACAAACCAACUGGCCCAAUACCAAAAGCUGGCCAACAAGGACAAGGCCAUAGAGAUGUUGAUACUGGGCGCCAUCAACACUCAGGCCGAAUAUGUAAUCGAGUCUCCCUACUGCAACGCCUUCCAACCACCUCCACCAAGUCGUCUGGCUCCCUCAAACAAUGGCCAGGAAGAUGUCGUUCAUCCAGCCUAUGAGCCAUCAAAAGUCUUCGAGUGCAAAUACGAGCUGGAUUCGGUUGCGCAUUUUUUGUCCUUGUCCAAUCAAUUCUACAAUCACACUGGAUCCACUGCUUUCUUGACCCCAAGAUGGUAUGCCGCCUUGGACACUCUACUUGGAUUGCUCGAUGAGCAGGCCAAACCCACCNUUGAUCCCAUCACUGGUGCUUUUCAGCAUAAUGAAUACACUUUUAGACGUCGUACAGAUGCCGGUACAGAAACUCUCAGCUUGUCUGGCAAUGGUAAUCCUUUGAACAACGGAACUGGUCUCGUUCGAAGUGCAUUUCGUCCUAGUGAUGAUGCCACCAUCCUUGGCUUCUUUAUUCCAGCAAAUGCCAUGAUGGCCGUUGAGCUAAAACGAGCAUCAGCCAUGCUAGCAAAAGCCGGUAAACUCAAGCUUGCUGCUGAUCUGAAAGCACGUGGAGCAAUGAUUGAGGAGGGUGUCUGGGAGCAUGGUGUCGUAUCGCACAAGAAGUAUGGCUUGGUGUUUGCUUUUGAAGUCGAUGGCUAUGGCUCUUCCAUCAUAAUGGAUGAUGCCAAUCUGCCGUCACUACUAGCUUUACCGCUAUUGGGCUUCGUAUCCAAGGAUGACAAGACGUAUCAAAACACCCGCCGUAUGAUAUUAGGAAGAGACGGUAAUCCUUACUAUCUUUCUGGUAGAGCAUUCAAGGGAAUUGGUGGCCCUCACAUAGGACUACAAAAUGCUUGGCCCAUGAGUCUGCUAGUACAGGCAAUGACUUCUGAUAAUGACGAAGAGAUCAUAGACGCCCUCUCUGCCGUCAAACACGUCAGUCAUCUGGGUCUGAUACAUGAAAGCAUACAUGUUGAGCGCGGCAGAGAAUACACUCGUAAGCAGUUCGACUCGUGGUUACUUGUGCAAGAUUUACUGACCGUCUUCAUAGGCAGCUGGUUUGCUUGGGCCAAUUCCGUCUUUGCUCAAACCAUCCUCGACGUGGCGGAAAGAAAACCACACAUUUUGUUUGGUCCAGGAGAGAAACCAUAUAUUAUCGAUUAG